CCAAGAUCUGGUGGAGGUUACUUUGUAGUAGUCUGCUAUUAUUUAUUUUACAUAAAGUUCCUUUUCUCUAUUAUAAAUAUCAGUUUCCGCCAUUAUGACAGAAAAUCGUAAGGAUGUAAGAGUGUGGUGCGAUGGAUGUUACGACAUGGUACAUUUCGGCCACGCGAAUUCUUUACGUCAGGCAAAGGCAUUAGGUGAUUAUUUAGUCGUCGGUGUACACACAGACGAAGAAAUUACCAAACAUAAAGGACCACCGGUAUUUAUGGAAAAAGAAAGGUAUAAAAUGGUUCGGGGUAUUAAAUGGGUAGAUGAGGUAGUAGAAGGUGCACCUUAUGUUACAACUUUAGAAACAUUAGACAAAUAUAAUUGUGAUUUUUGUGUUCAUGGUGAUGAUAUCACUAUGACAGCUGAUGGUGUGGACACAUAUCAUUUGGUGAAAGCAGCAGGUCGUUACAGAGAAGUUCAAAGAACAGCUGGUGUAUCAACAACUGAUUUGGUAGGACGAAUGCUUUUAAUGACACGGCAACAUUUCAAACAAGGAGAUAGUGAAUAUAGUGUUGACAGAGAACCUAGUAAAAGUAUGGGUCAAGAUCGAACAGCUAAAAGUCCAUGGACAGGGUGUUCACAAUUUUUACCUACUACACAAAAAAUUAUUCAAUUCAGUGAUGGAAAAAGUCCACAGCCUGGAGAUAAAAUAGUUUAUGUAGCAGGGGCAUUUGAUCUGUUUCAUGUUGGUCAUUUAGAUUUUUUAGAAGUUGCCAAGAAAGAGGGUGAUUAUCUUAUAGUUGGACUUCAUACAGAUCCAGUAGUUAAUCGCUACAAAUGUGGUAAUCAUCCAAUUAUGAAUCUUCAUGAAAGAGUGCUUAGUGUAUUAGCAUGCAAGUAUGUUAAUGAAGUAGUAAUUGGGGCACCAUAUGAAGUUACAAAUGAUCUUAUGGGACAUUUUGAUGUAUCUGUUGUUUGUCAUGGACAAACUCCUAUAAUGCCUUGUGAAGAUGGUUCAGAUCCAUAUGCUGAACCCAAAAGGCAAAAUAAAUUUAAAUUAUUGGAUAGUGGUAAUGACAUGACAACAGAAGAUAUUGUUGAACGCAUAAUUCUUCACAGGCUGGAGUAUGAAGAUAGAAAUUUAAAAAAAGAGGAAAAUGAAGCAGCAGCUUAUGAAGCUUUCAUGAUGUCUCUGAAAGAAGAAAGGACUGACCUGCGGUAUGAAGAUAAAAAUUUAACGGAAGAGAAAGAUAAAAUACAAGCUUAUGAAGCUUUCACAAUGUCUCGGCAAGAAGAAAUGACUGAAUAAUUUGCUCUGAAAAUUCAGAUUUUUGGUUAGGUGCGUCGUAGUUAAGAAAAUUAAAAACCGAAUUGAGAAGGUUUAGAAAAAAGGAUUGUAUGUUAUUCUGUCUAGCUACA